AUGUGCAUUAAAAUGAGGGAAAGAAUUGCGAGGGGGCAUUGGUGCAAUGGAUUGGUACUAGCUGUAUGGGGAAAGUGGGUGACAUCAGUUAAGAAGGGAGUGUUGAAGUAACAGCUGCUCUACCUUACAGGAGAUUGGAGGGGGACUCCGCCGACGUCCUCUGACUCUCUCGAGGAGAAACACGCAUAUCAACAAACGAGUAGGGCACCUUGGAUCGACGCUGCUUGCUUUAGUGGAAAUGUGUUUUGACGUUUUGCUGCCUACAUCCAGUAUUCAGACAGGCGCGUGCGUUAUAACAUCCUCGAUGCAUUCUCUUCCCAUCAUCCAUGUUUCUGGACAUACAGUCAUAACAACAACCUCAUAACCAACACAAUGAAGGUGAUGGUGAAAUGGUCAGAACCGAGAGACUAUUUGAGAAGAAGUGCAUGCACUUGAUGUGUGAAGGGCAAGAAGGAGACGGAAAGUGCGAGUGGGUAAUGUGACGUUGUUCAUGCGACUUCGCCCAGGCUGCCGCUCUCGAGCAACCGUAUCGGGACCAGCGGCGGAUGGGGUGACUUACCCGCAGGGAUAGACCCGGACGAGGGCCGCCACAUCCUGAAGCCAUCCCCGGGGUCUCCGUGGGGCUGGGAGGUACGGGGGAAAGAUGCAGGAGGCGACGGCAGAUGGAGAGGAGCCCAUUCUGAACGGAGCUGGUAGGGAAGAGCAGCGUCCAGUGAAGCAGUCCUUGGCUGCCUCUCUGUGUCGAGAGUCUCACUGGAAGUGUCUUCUCCUCACUCUGCUCAUGUUCGGGUGUUUUGGCACAUUGGCUUGGUGCAAGCUGUGCAAAGUUCCAGUGCUAGCUCCGACAGAGCCCGAGGCUGCUGUCGUGGAGCCUGGAGACCCCUCUACGACCUCAGCAAGCUCCGAUGUCUACAUCCCCCUAGAAGUGGAUUUGGAUAGUCCCUGUUCCAGCGGCUACAUUUAUAUUCCUCUCGCUUUCCUGGCCAUGCUGUACGUGGUCUACCUGGUGGAAUGCUGGCACUGCUACUCCAAGACGGCCAUGUUGGCUCAAGCAGAGGUUGCGGAGGUGUAUGAGCGUGUACAAAGGCUGCAGCAAGCAACGCCGUGCAUUUGGUGGAAGGCCAUCAGUUACCACUACGUGCGACGGACAAGACAGGUAACGCGCUACCGCAACGGGGAUGCCUAUACCACUACGCAAGUGUAUCAUGAGCGUGUGAACACGCAUGCCGCAAGCUCAGAGUUUGACUAUGCGAGGUAUGGCGUCAAAGAUGUUUCAAAGGAGCUUAGAGGCCUAAUGGAUUACCCAGCGGUACGGCUGCGCUUCACCAAAUGCUUUAGUUUCGCCAGUGCCCGAGCGGAGGCUGCCUACCUCACCCAGCGAGCACGUUUUUUUGGUGAAAACGAAGGACUUGAUGAUUACAUGGAGGCACGGGAAGGAAUGCAUUUGAAGAAUGUGGACUUCCGUGAGCACAUCCUUGCUUUCCCAGACCCAGCCAGACAGCCCUGGUACGCCAGGCGUAAAGUUUUCUGGCUGGCCUCAGCCCUGCUCCUGUCCUGGCCACUUCGGGUUGUUGCGGAGUAUCGCACUGUGUAUGUGCACUACCAUGUAGAGAAAUUGUUUGGUGAUGCUGAUGAUAACAGUAGGGGUGACGUAACUGAGAAUGGUGGAGUCAACGAGAAUGGACACAGACCUGGACCUGGGACCGGAUCGAGCUAUCGUGCCAUUUCACGUGUCAAUACGGUGGACAUGACAGAGCUGGAGUGGCACAUUCGCUGCAACCAGCAGAUGGUGCCAAGCUACUCUGAGGCCCUGUUGAUGGAUCCUGGUUCCAGGGGUAACCAAGGUACCAACACUCCUCCAGCUGGGCAAGGGACUAACUCAACAGCAGGUGGCCCAAAUCUUCCAGUGGCCUUCGCUUCGGCCUACUUGCUCCAGAACUGUCCUCGUUGCCGCCGCACCACAAGCAGUGCUUCCCUUCCGUCCUGGCUGAGAGGCCCGACUGCAGCCCUGCUGAGUGGAACCAUGGCUGGGAUGAGAGCUAGUGGAUCAGGAGGUGGUCCUGGAGGCCCGGGACGGCUGGUUCUGAGCAGGAGCGGCUUCUCAUUAGGACGGCUCCAAGCUCCUCGGCCAUCGUCCCUCUUCCACUCCCGAAGUGUCGGUGGAGGACUUGCGACAAGAGGAGAAGAGGCAAGUGGGGGAGGUGGUUUCUUAGGUUUGGGAGCUAGACAAGACGAAGAGAGCAGAAGAGUGCUGGGGGGAGAGGGUGAUGAGGAUGAGGAGGUGCCAAAUGUGGUGGACAGAGAAGGAGGGGGAGGUGAGAGAGAUGGGGAGGAAAGAGAGCAACAGGAGGACGCAGAAGAAGAUGAAGCCAGGGAGGGAGACGGACCUCCUACAUAUCAGGAUGCCUUUUUCUUCCCGGUGUUGAUUGUGCAUGGAGAGGAGAGUUGCCAUUCAGGUGAGGACAAUUCCUGAAAAAUGCCCAUCAAAAAGUGCAUUGAGGUGGCAAGACAAAAAGAGAGAUGAUUAGAAAAGUCAUGGCCAAAUAGAAUGUGAAGGAAGUAAUUUGUCAGUUGAGCUCCACUCCCCUUGGUCACUGUUGCUAACUCAGACAAACUUUACAGAAUAUACCAUAAGAUUGAACUAGAGAUAUACAUACACUGUGAGUUUUUACAUUUUAAAUUAUGCAUGCAUAUGAAUGAGUAAAAAAAAAAGUUAAAAACCGACGUCA